AUGAAUGACAAGCCAGCGGUGUCCUUGCCCUUUGGUACCAGUUUCACCACUUCAGGAUCAACGGUGGUUUCCAAGCAUUCUUUCACUAUCGCCGAAAUCAAUUCGUUCGUUGCGUCGGGACGGAUGCGCGACAGAUAUGUGAUCGCCAAGCCCGUGAGAUCUACGAGCUUCGAGCAUACCCGAAAAAUUUUGGAAGAAGUCUUUGAGAAGGAAGGCUAUCCGAAGAACAUGAAAUCGGACAAUGCCCCCCCCCCCUUUAAUGGGGAUGACUACAGGGAGUACUGCCUGAAGCGUGGCAUCAAUGCCACCUUUUCCACGCCGUUAUAUCCCCAACAAAACGGCUUAGCAGAGAGUUGCAUGAAGUUGGUGAAUAAGGCAAUGAGUGCUGCAUCGGCAAGCGGAAAAAGCUAUGGAGAAGAAUUGACUGCAGCGGUUCAUGCUUAUAACGCAGCUGCCCACUCCGUGACGGGCGUACCACCGGAGGAAGUGAUGACGGGUCGGAAGAUCAAACGUGGGCUUCCUCUGCUGUGCCGUGGAAAGGCCACCUUCGACGACAACCUGCUCAACGCAAAGGAUAUGAAAUUAAAAAUCGAGGCGAAGAUACGAGAAGACACAAAACGAGGGGCUCGUCGAUGCCGUAUUAAACUCGGAGACACGGUUGUUGUAGAGCGUCAGUCUCGAUCAAAAGGAGAAUCGCGGUUUGAUCCCCGCAAGUAUACGGUUACAGAUGAACGAAACGGAAUGCUUGUUUUGACCGAUGAAAACGGCCAGAUUUUAAAGAGACACGUGUCACAGACGAAGCAAGUCUACGACUGA